UGUUUCAUUCCAACAAUAGUAUGGCCAUAAAAGAGUAUAAAGGUUUUGUGGCUAUUCAUUUGCAUUUUGAUGUGAAAUUAAAAUGCUACCAAAGCAUUAGCUGACAGACAUUUGAUCCUUGCUUCUAGAAGACAAAAAGUAGUUCUCUUCUCUUCUGAGUUAAUCGGCUUUCUUCUUUUCAAUUUAUUGUUGUCAUUACCUUCAAGACUAUCCCUAAUAGUUAGUGUUACCAGGUGCAAUUAAUCAUAUACCAAUCAAAUAUCACUAUUCCCAUAUGAAUGCCUCUUGUAUUUGUUGAGAGUGAGGAGAAGAACAUAAUGUUCUUGCAUUAGUAUAUUCAAGAUGGGAGACGUUAACUACAGCCGCACUGGAAUAAGAAUCCAUGAGAAAGCCUUUGGCACUAUGCCAACAAUGUGAGAACUUGACUACGAUCAAAUAUGCUUGCCCAGUGAGAAAUAGUUAAAGUGCCUGUUUUCUUCUCACAUGUUUUUUCAGCUGAUGAUGGAAAAAAUUAUUAUGUUCUAGACAUUGUUGUAAGCCUGGCUUUUUCCGCAAAAAGAGACCCAUGUUUCCUGGUGUGUUAAUAAUUGAAUUAAACUUGUUGAGUUUUUCUGAGAAUUGAAUGUAUGUUUAGAGUCUAUUAUUAGUAAGUCAUAUAUUACAUCAUGUUCUAAGAAACACAGGAAAAAAAAAAGUCCUUUGGCAUUUUGCUCCUCAGCCGUCUUUGUCAUGCAUCUUCUUCAAACACAGGCCCCCUCAAAAGUUUGUGAAGAUUGUGGCGGUUCAGGUAUUUGUCCUGAAUGCAAAGGUGAAGGUUUUGUGCUUAAGAAACUCUCAGAUGCAAGUGCGGAGAAAGCAAGAUUGACUGCAAAGAACAUGGCCACUAGAUACACUGCAGGGCUACCUAAAAAAUGGAGCUACUGUGGAAAAUGCUCUUCUGCACGGUCUUGUAGUUCAUGUGGCGGCAGUGGGAAGCUAGGCUACUAG